AUGACUGAUGAUCACAAUGGUUCGAAAAGUGCUGCGAUUCUGCUGCUUCUUAAUCGUGAUAAUUCAGAUUCUAAUUCAUCUUCAGAAUCCAAUAAGGAAAUUGUAAAACCAAGAAGAAGGGUUCGCCGGCGAUAUAAUCAAAUUCUUCGGAAAUUUAGUUGUACGUUUCCACAAUGUAACAAAAGUUAUGGGUCACUUAAUCAUUUAAAUGCCCAUAUUGUCACGAAAAAACACGGUAAACGGAAAUCCAGAGCUGACUUUCAGUUUCAUGAAGACGCGGUUUUGUCCCCCAAAUUCCCCCCAACUCCUCAUCCUCAAUCAUACCCCCAAGUUCUCGGGGGACAACCUCAAGGCUACCAACCAGCAAUGGGAUGGCCAAGUCGAAGAGACCAAGCCAGCGGCACUUAUUGGUACGGAAUGCCAGUAGGACUGACGCAGGCGUCGGAUAUUCCAUCAAAGCUCGGAGUUCCGGGCCACGAUCCGUCUUCCGGCCCAAGCGGUGCCCCACCUUUUCAGCAACCUCCACGCGUACCUCCACAAGCAUCUCCCCAUGUUGGUGGUGCACCCCCACAACAUGGAUUUCCGGGGUAUGUUCUUUACAGUGCUCCGUUUUCCUCGGGUCCAAUUGGACCACCAGCUUGGCAACCGCCAUUACCGCCUCCUACGCAUCUUCAACCAUCAAGUCACAAUUUGCCGCUAGCAAAAGAUUCUCGAAGCUCAUCGACAUCCUCUUCAAAACUGCCAUUACGCACUUUUCCAUCUCCCCCACUUUUCCCCGCCCAAAAUCAAUCUUUAAACUUACACCCCAUCACCUUACCACCGGUUCUUGCUAAAUUACCUAGUCCUCCAUCGUUACCCCCACUUUAUACAAAAGAGGUUGCAAAAUCUCAAGAUAGCAUGCAAGUUUCUGUUCAAGCUGCAGAUUCCUCAAGUUGCAGUUCAGAGUAA